GCUGGCUCGGACACUACUUCUGGCGUAAUCAACAACUUUCUACUCCUAAUGACCCAAUUCCCAGGCGCAAUGAGAAAGGCGCAAGAAAAAAUCAAUGCUGUUGUUGGAGUCGAGCGUUCCCAUCGGUGGCAUGAUUGGCAGAAUUUGACUGAGGUUAAUAAGCUGCCGAAAGAAACAUUGCGAAUGCGUCCUGUAGCCCCG